AAAUCCAAUAUAAAAACGAAAACAAAAAACAGAUUUGAGUAUUACGCGCAUUGCGGGACUCACCUGGAACGAGUGGAACGCUCGCCUGGCCAUGCCGCUGGUAACGCUGCGCGAGGGCGUCCAGCCCUUGGUCUUUCCCACCGAUCUGUCGGUGGACAAGCAGCUGAGCUUGGCUGGCAUCAAGGGCGCCGCCGCCGCGGAUGCCAUUGAACGCAAAACGCCGACGGAUAGCAUUCGUUUAAAAAUCGAGCCGGGCACCACGUCGACGCCGUGCAACACUAGCGAAAAGCAGCACAAAAUCUAUCCCGGCGGUGGCAAGCUGAAGCACCUAUCCGAGGAGGAGGCCACGGCGCUGAUGCUCAAGGCCGUUGCAGAGAAACAGGCGGCGGCAGCAGCGGGCAACAACAGCGCCGAUCUGAGCUAUGGCGACGAGAAUCUGAGCUCUGUUGGCGGCAAUGGCAACAGCAGCAGCAGCGAUUAUCCCAUCACGCUGACCGGUGCCGUAUCCCUGGCCGAUGUCGGACCGGCUGGACUAUGCCAUAUCAAUAUAUUGAAUAGCAUUAGCGCCAUGAACAAUCUCAUCAGCGGCAGCACAGCAGGAGCUGGCAGCAGCACGGGCGCUGGCAGUGGCAGCAGUGCUGGCAAUCUGAGCGUCACAUUAAGCGCCGCAGGAGCCGGUGGCAGCAGCAGCAACAAUAGCUCCCUGGCUGGCGCUGACAACGGUGCUGGACACCCAUGUCCCGUUUGCGGACGCGUCUAUAAGCUGAAAUCAUCGCUGCGGAAUCAUCAGAAAUGGGAAUGCGGCAAGGAGCCGCAAUUCCAGUGCCCAUUCUGCGUCUAUCGGGCCAAGCAAAAGAUGCACAUUGGCCGCCACAUGGAGCGCAUGCACAAGGAGAAAUUCAAGCUGGAGGAUGACAAGAGUUUCAUCAGCGGCAUCAUCAACGCCAGCGGCGGCGCCUCCAGCGUCAGCGGCAUGGACGCUGACUCCGCCGUUGGCAGCGCUGCGGCUGCGGUGGCAGCAGCUGCUGCGGCCGCGGCGCUGGCCAAUGCGCCGGAGCUGCACACGCAUUUCUCAUGAGUGGGAAAUGUGUCAAAUGGAAAACGCAUUGGGAAAUGGAUUUGUGUAUAAAGUGUUGAAGUUGAAUAGAGACACACAGUUAUUAAAUGGAAAAACUAAAUAUCAGGGAUUACAGAAACAAAACAAGCAAGUAAUAUUGAAAUUACAUAAAAAGAGAAAAAACCACACACAC